GACUCAAAGACAAGAUCGUCUCAUGAAAGAGGCAAGCUUGUGGAGGAGGGGGAAGGUGUUGCUGUGGGCUCAUCAGAAAUCUGCUUCUAAAAGACGUGAAACACAGCCACGCAAUGAGUUGCCUUGUGUCUGCCCAGAUGCAAACGCCUGUCAGCUUGGGAGAGGAUAAGAGGGUGUUGAGGGCGAAGCGAUCGAAUCAAAUGCCGAAUGUUUAGACGCAACUACCUGCAUGGCGCACCACACUGGACUAAUGAACCCAACACCGCCUCAAGACACCGAGAUUCAUAAGGCUCCGGGCUCUGCCCUUCCCCUCUCCUCCGACUUCCUUUUUCUUCUCUCCUGUAAUCUUGCUAGACAAAGAUUCAAGUCAAUCAUUCUUUUCUCGUCUUCUCCUUGCCUUAUCUCUCGGCGCUUCCUAUCAGCUGGGAUUGCGAAGAACUCGAAAAGCGGAUUUCGACACUCAGCUCACGCAGCUCACUCGGCCUCCGCCCGCCUCAUCAAUAUGGCCGAAGCUUUAGGCGUAGCAGCCAGCGUUAUCGCGGUGGUCGACAUAACCGCAAAAGUCGGAGGCGCCACCUUCAAGCUCAUGAAAUUAUGGAACGAAGUCAAGGAGGUACCGACAAUGCUGCUCGAGAAAGCAGAACGCGUCAAAGACCUAGAAGACUUCCUCCUCGACGCCGAGGAUCACAUUCAGAACAGUCGGCUGCCGCAAGCCUUCUGGAAUAAUACAAACCACCGCUUACAGCAACACAUUGAAAAGGUCCGCCGCGCACUUGAUGAGAUCCAAGAUAUGGUAGACAAAUUACAAGCCAGCAUAACUGCCCGAAAAGAUGGCUUCAGAAGCAAGCUGUUGUCGACCAAGGUGGUGUUCCGAAAAGAGGAGUUGAAAGCCUUGGACAGGAAACUUGACGCAGCCCUACGUCUUUUCGCGUUCGCGCAGAGGCAGUGGCUUAUGGCAAUGUUGGCAUCUAAAACCUCUCUGAGCAUCAUAGAGCGGUCUGAAUCCUCGAACACGCCGACGUUAGAAAGGAAGACAAAGAGAGUACUGGCAUCCACCACGCCCGCUCUCUUCUACAUUUCUACACCAGCUUCGGUCUUGCCUACCUUUCGAUUUGACUUUGGAGACAAUGGCAACUUCCAAUUUUCUUUCCAGGCGCCGAGCUGGCUCACUGGAUGUGUUUACUCUAUGAUAGCUCAGAAAAGCUAUCAAGGCUGGCUGCUCAACCUGAGAGCUUACGAGGUAGUCAACUACUUUGACGACGAAAUAUUAUACGGCAUCGAAAACGACGACCCCUCUAGAACACUCCAAGUGCUGUCCGAAAAAGGCAUGACUCCCUUCGCAAAAAAUAAAUACGGACAAAGCUUGCUACAUAUCGCUGUCGAAUGCAGAUCUCCCAGGGUAACAGAGGCUUUCCUAGAGAGAGGACUUGCAUGCUUUGUGCGAGACCCGCCGAACAACUUUAGAUCCAACUCUACAAAAGUUGUUUCUGGAUAAUUUCCUCGAUGAUUACUUCGAAGAUUUGAAACAAAUUCCAAUUCUUUUAUUUUUCGGCGUCUCCUUCUCCCUAUUUCAACUACUCUUGAAACGCUAUAACAUCAACAAAAAACUGAUUCCAGCUGCCACAAGACUUUAUCAUC